AUGGCUCCCGAAGCUACAAGCGGCGCCAACGGCCAUGCCUCAUAUGCGGAGAAGCACAGCAUUGCUCCUCACUUCAUUGGCGGCAACAGGCUGGCCAAUGCCCCUGCAAGCAAGGUCAAGGACUUUGUGGCCGAGCAUGACGGCCACACUGUCAUCACAAACGUUCUCAUCGCCAACAACGGUAUCGCCGCCGUCAAGGAGAUUCGAUCCGUCCGAAAAUGGGCCUACGAGAUGUUUGGCGACGAGCGCGCCAUUCACUUUACCGUCAUGGCCACCCCAGAGGACUUACAAGCCAACGCCGACUACAUUCGCAUGGCCGACCACUAUGUCGAAGUCCCCGGCGGCACAAACAACCACAACUACGCCAACGUCGAGCUCAUUGUCGACAUUGCUGAGCGCAUGAAUGUCCAUGCUGUCUGGGCUGGCUGGGGCCACGCUUCCGAAAACCCCAAGCUUCCCGAGUCCCUCGCCGCCUCCCCCAAGAAGAUCGUCUUUAUCGGACCCCCUGGCGCUGCCAUGCGCUCACUGGGUGACAAGAUCUCCUCCACAAUUGUCGCCCAGCACGCCAAAGUCCCUUGCAUUCCCUGGUCUGGCACCGGCGUCGACAAGGUUGACGUUGACGACAAGGGCAUUGUCACCGUCGCCGAUGACGUCUACGCCAAGGGCUGUGUCACCUCCUGGCAGGAGGGUCUGCAAAAAGCCAAAGAAAUUGGUUUCCCCGUCAUGGUCAAGGCCUCCGAGGGCGGUGGUGGCAAGGGUAUCCGAAAGGUCACCAACGAGGAAGAGUUUGAGGCCCUCUACAAGGCCGCCGCCAACGAAAUCCCCGGCUCCCCCAUCUUCAUCAUGCAACUCGCCGGCAACGCCAGACAUUUGGAGGUCCAGCUGCUCGCCGAUCAGUACGGCAACAACAUCUCCCUCUUUGGCCGUGACUGCUCCGUCCAGCGUCGCCACCAAAAGAUUAUCGAGGAGGCCCCCGUCACCAUUGCCAACGCCGCCACCUUCAAGGCCAUGGAAGACGCCGCUGUUCGUCUCGGCAAGCUCGUCGGCUACGUCUCUGCUGGUACCGUCGAGUAUCUCUACUCACACGCCGACGACAAGUUCUACUUUCUCGAGCUGAACCCCCGUCUCCAGGUCGAGCAUCCCACCACCGAAAUGGUCACUGGCGUCAACCUGCCCGCCGCCCAGCUCCAGAUUGCCAUGGGUCUGCCCCUUCACAGGAUCCGCGACAUUCGUCUGCUCUACGGCGUCGACACCAAGGCCAUCACCGAGAUUGACUUCAACUUUGAGAACGAGGGCGCCGGCGAGACUCAGCGUCGCCCCAAGCCUCGCGGUCACACUACUGCCUGUCGUAUCACGUCGGAGGAUCCUGGCGAGGGCUUCAAGCCUUCCAACGGUGUGCUGCACGACCUCAACUUCCGCUCAUCCUCCAACGUCUGGGGUUACUUCUCCGUCGGUACCCAGGGUGGUAUUCACUCCUUCUCCGACUCGCAAUUUGGGCAUAUUUUCGCUUACGGCGAGAACCGCGCCGCCUCGAGAAAGCACAUGGUCGUCGCCCUCAAGGAGCUGAGCAUUCGCGGUGACUUCAGAACCACCGUCGAGUAUCUCAUCAAGCUGCUUGAGACGGAGGAUUUCGAGGACAACACAAUCUCCACCGGCUGGCUCGACGAGCUCAUCUCCAAGCGCUUGACCGCCGAGCGCCCCGACACCAUGCUUGCCGUCAUCUGCGGUGCCACCACCAAGGCCCACAUUGCCUCGGAAGCUUGCAUGGCCGAGUACCGCGCAGGUCUUGAAAAGGGUCAGGUCCCCUCCAAGGACAUUCUGCGCACCGUUUUCAACAUUGACUUCAUCUAUGAGGGCUUCCGCUACAAGUUUACCGCUACCCGCUCCAGCAGUGACAGCUACAACUUGUUCAUCAAUGGUUCCAAGUGCUCUGUCGGCGUUCGUGCCCUCUCCGAUGGUGGUUUGCUGAUUCUGCUCGACGGCCACUCCCACAACGUCUACUGUAAGGAGGAAGUUGGUGCCACUCGCAUAUCUGUCGACAGCAAGACAUGUCUCCUCGAGCAGGAAAACGACCCUACUCAGCUGCGCACCCCCAGUCCGGGUAAGCUCGUCAAGUACACUGUCGAGAACGGUGCCCACCUCAAGGCCGGUGCUACCUAUGCCGAAGUCGAGGUCAUGAAGAUGUACAUGCCCCUCGUCGCUCAGGAGGACGGUAUCGUCCAGCUCAUGAAGCAACCCGGUGCCACGCUCGAGGCUGGUGACAUUCUCGGUAUAUUGGCCCUUGAUGAUCCCAGCCGCAUCAAGCAGGCCCAGAGCUUCGUUGAUAAGCUGCCCACCCUCGGUGAUCCCGUUGAUCUCGGUGCCAAGCCAGCUCAGCGCUUCCAGCUCCUCCACAACAUCAUCAACAACAUUCUGCUCGGUUACGACAACUCCGUCGUCAUGCAGCCCGCCCUCAAGGGGCUCAUUGAGGUUCUCCGCAACCCCGAGCUACCCUUUAGCGAGUGGAACGCGCAGUUCUCUGCUCUGCACUCCCGAAUGCCUCAGAAGCUGGAUGCCCAGUUUGGUCAGAUUGUUGAGCGUGCCAAGGCUCGCCAUGCCGACUUCCCUGCUCGCGCGCUGCAAAAGGCCUUUUCCAAGUUCCUCGAGGAUAAUGUAGCCGCCGCCGAUGCUGACCCGCUACGCGCCACCCUUGCUCCCCUGACGCACAUUCUGGACAUUUAUGCCGAUGGCCAAAAGGUCCGCGAACUCAACCUCAUCCGCGGCCUCCUUGAGUCCUUUUGCGAUGUCGAGAGCCUCUUCCGCGGCAGCAGCCAAGAGGAGAGCGUCAUCCUUCAGCUUCGUGAACAAAACAAGGAGAAUAUCAACAAGGUCGUACAAACCGCCCUCUCUCACAGCCGUGUCAGCGCCAAGUCGUCCCUCGUCGUCGCCAUCCUCGACGAGUACCGCCCCAACAAGCCCAAUGUCGGCAAUGUUGGCAAGUACCUGCGCGAUACCCUUCGCAAGCUUACUGAGCUCUCUUCGCGCACCACUUCCAAGGUCUCCCUCAAGGCUCGCGAGAUUAUGAUUCAGUGCGCUCUGCCUUCUCUCGAGGAGCGUACCUCGCAGAUGGAGCACAUUCUUCGCUCCUCUGUCAUUGAGUCUCGCUACGGUGAGAGCGGCUGGGACCACCGCGAACCUAGCCUGGACAUCAUCAAGGAGGUUGUCGACUCCAAGUACACCGUCUUUGACGUGCUGACCCUCUUCUUUGGCAACGAGGACCACUGGGUGUCGGUUGCUUCGCUCGAGGUCUACAUCCGCCGCGCGUACCGUGCCUAUAUCCUCAACAAGAUCAACUACCACUCUGAUGAGAGCGACAACCCCCAGUUCAUCUCCUGGGACUUCAAGCUGCGCAAGCUUGGUGAGGCCGAGUUUGGUCUGCCUGCCCAGUCUGCUGCUCCCUCCGCUCCUGGUACUCCCCUUGGUAGCGAGCUUGGUAAGCGCAUCUAUUCUAUUAGUGAUAUGUCGUACCUCGACGCCAAGAUCAGCGAGGAGCCAAGCCGCAUCGGUGUCAUUGUUCCUUGCAAGUACAUUGACGAGGCGGAUGACCUCCUGCAAAAGGCUCUCGAGGCCAUUGCCUUCCAGCAGAAGCAGAACCGCCAGACCACUGCCUCUGGCCUCAUUGCUGACCUCAGCGGCAAGCGCAAGCCUAUCCAGCCCGCCACACCUCGCGGUCCCGCCGAGGACCUGAGCGCCGUCGUCAACAUUGCUGUCCGCGAUGCUGAGAGCAAGGACGACCAGGAGACGCUUUCUCGCAUCCGUCCCAUCGUUGCUCAGUUCAAGGAUGAACUCCUUGCCCGCGGUGUCCGCCGCCUGACCUUCAUCUGCGGCCACAGCGACGGCUCGUACCCCGGCUACUACACGUUCCGUGGACCCCACUAUGAGGAAGAUGACAGCAUUCGUCACAGCGAGCCCGCGCUGGCUUUCCAGCUUGAGCUUGCUCGUCUGUCCAAGUUCAACAUCAAGCCCGUCUUCACUGAGAACAAGAACAUUCACGUUUACGAGGGUGUGGGCAAAGCUGCGGAUACUGACAAGCGCUACUUUACUCGUGCUGUCAUUCGUCCUGGCCGUCUCCGUGACGAGAUCCCCACGGCUGAGUAUCUCAUCUCCGAGGCUGACCGCGUUGUCAAUGACAUUUUCGACGCUCUCGAAAUCAUUGGCAGCAACAACACGGACAUGAACCACAUCUUUAUGAACUUUAGCCCCGUGUUCCAACUUGCCCCCUCCGAGGUUGAGCACAGCCUCCAGGGCUUCCUCGACCGCUUCGGCGCCCGCGGCUGGAGACUCCGUGUGUCCAACGUUGAGAUUCGCAUCAUCUGCACUGAUCCCACUACUGGAGCGCCAUACCCUCUGCGUAUUGGCAUCACCAACACCUCUGGCUAUGUUGUUGACGUCGACUUGUACGCUGAGCGCAAGUCGGACAAGGGCGAAUGGGUCUUCCACAGCAUUGGCGGCACCAAGGAGAAGGGCCCCAUGCAUCUCCUGCCUGUCAACACGCCCUAUGCCACCAAGAACUGGGACCAACCCAAGCGUUACGAGGCUCACCUCAUGGGCACUCAGUACGUCUACGACUUCCCCGAGCUCUUCCGCCAGGCCAUUCAGAACAGCUGGGUCAAGGCUGUUAAGAGCCAGCCUGGCCUUGCGGCCCACCAGCCCAAGACGGGAAACUGCAUCACCUUUACUGAGCUGGUUCUCGAUGACAAGGACGACCUGGAUGAAGUCAACCGUGAGCCUGGAACCAAUAAGUGUGGUAUGGUUGGUUGGCUCAUCAAGGCUCGCACUCCCGAGUACCCUGCCGGCCGUCGCUUCGUAGUUGUCGCCAACGAUAUCACUUACAAGAUUGGCUCCUUUGGUCCCAAGGAAGAUAACUUCUUCCAUAAGUGUACCGAACUGGCGCGCGAGCUAGGCAUUCCUCGCAUCUACCUGUCAGCCAACUCUGGUGCCCGUCUUGGUCUUGCCAACGAGCUGAUGCCCCACUUCAAAGUCGCCUGGAACGAUGUGACCAAGCAGGACAAGGGCUUCCGCUAUCUGUACCUUGACCAGGCUGGCAAGGACCGCUUCAAGAAGGACGUCAUUACCGAGGAAAUUUCCGAGGCCGGCGAGAAGCGCCACCGCAUCGUCACCAUUAUUGGUCAGGAGGAUGGCCUCGGUGUCGAGUGUCUGCGUGGCUCUGGUCUGAUUGCCGGUGCCACCAGCCGUGCUUACAACGACAUCUUUACCGUGACGCUGGUUACCUGCCGUUCCGUGGGUAUUGGUGCCUACCUCGUCCGUCUUGGCCAGCGUGCUGUCCAGGUCGAGGGUCAGCCCAUCAUCCUAACUGGUGCUCCUGCCUUGAACAACCUGCUUGGUCGCGAGGUCUACACUUCCAACCUGCAGCUCGGUGGUACCCAGAUCAUGUACCGCAACGGUGUCUCGCACAUGACUGCCAACGACGACUUUGAGGGUGUCUCGCGCAUUGUUGAAUGGAUGUCUUAUGUCCCUGAGAAGCGCAACGCCCCCAUCCCUGUCAGCCCGAGCACCGACACCUGGGACCGCGACGUCACCUACUGCCCUCCCCUGAGGCAGCCGAACGAUGUUCGCUGGAUGAUUGCCGGUAAGCAGGACGAGACGGGCUUCCAGAGCGGUCUCUUUGACAAGGACUCGUUUGUCGAGACCCUCGGAGGCUGGGCCCGCACGGUCGUCGUCGGUCGUGCCCGUCUUGGUGGUAUCCCUAUGGGUGUCAUUGCCGUUGAAACCCGCAGUGUCGAAAACACUACCCCGGCCGACCCUGCCAACCCCGACUCUAUCGAGCAGGUCAGCAACGAAGCGGGUGGCGUCUGGUACCCCAACUCUGCAUUCAAGACUGCCCAGGCUAUCAACGACUUUAACAAUGGUGAGCAGCUGCCGCUGAUGAUUCUUGCCAACUGGCGUGGUUUCUCUGGUGGUCAGCGCGACAUGUAUAACGAAGUCCUCAAGUACGGUUCGUUCAUUGUUGACGCCCUCGUCAAGUAUGAGCAGCCUGUCUUUGUGUACAUUCCUCCCCACGGCGAGCUCCGCGGUGGUUCGUGGGUCGUCGUUGAUCCCACCAUCAACCCCAACGUCAUGGAGAUGUACGCCGACGAAGAGGCGCGCGGUGGUGUGCUCGAGCCCGAAGGCAUCAUUGGUAUCAAGUACCGCAAGGCCAAGCAGCUUCAGACCAUGGCCCGCAUGGAUGAGACGUACGCGCAGCUCAAGAAGAACCUGGAGGACCCCAAUACCUCCAAGGAGGAGGUCGAGGAGAUCAAGACCAAGAUGGACGCACGCGAGCGCCAGCUGCUCCCUGUGUACUCGCAGAUUGCCAUUCAGUUUGCCGAUCUCCACGACCGGGCGGGCCGCAUGAAGGCCAAGGGCGUGGUCCGCGAUGUGCUGGAGUGGUCCAACGCGCGCCGCUUCUUUUACUGGCGCGUGCGCCGCCGGCUCAGCGAGGAGUAUAUGCUGCGCCACAUGGCCACCAGCACGCUGAACCAAAAGGAGUCGACCGCCACGACCAACACGACGCGGGAGCACAAUCUCAAGCUCCUCCAGUCGUGGUCGCGUAUUGAGAAGUGGGAGAAGGACGACCAGGCGGUGGCGGAGUGGUACGAAAAGGAGCGCCGGUCGAUUGGCGAAAAGGUCGAGACGCUCAAGGCGGAGAAGCUGUCGAGCCAGCUGGCCGAGGUGGUGCGUCGCAACAAGGAGGCGGGCUUCAAGGGCAUCCGAGAGGUGCUCCGUAUCAUGCCUCUGGAGGAGCGUGAUGCGAUUCUGGAGUAUCUGAGGCAGUGA